CAGCGCGUAACCUUUGGACUGCAUGCCACGCGUGUUUCCACGGCGAUCUACUUCCAGGGGAGUGCCCAAUUCUUAUACUUUACCUCUUUACCUUACCUAGUUUUGAUUUUUGUGCUUAGUGUACUUUAUUCUAAAAGAAAAUAAAAUCGUCAUUUAUUAAUUUCUUAAAAUUCCGGUAAUCAUCUUUCUUAUCUUUUGUGCAUUCUUCGCCUAUGUUGCUACGCGCCUUUACAUAAUACAACAUUAAAAAUUACUCGGAAAAGUAAAACAUUUUAAGCCUAAAAGCAAUUUAUCCGUUGGCCUGCUGGAGCUAAUCAACCUUAAUCUAUAAGUCAUAAAGUGCUAAUUGCAUCGCAUCUUGAGUUUGCACUGCUUAAAAAUAAAAUUUAUCUUAAGUUGUUUACGUAAAAAUAAUAAGUGCUUGUGCACCGAACACGCCUUUGUUCACGCUUUCUUUAUACAAAGCAUUCCUUAAUCAUUAUUUCGCUUAGCUAUUUCAUAAAGGCAAUUCCUUUAAGUAACUCUAAAUUAGUAAAAUUAAUUUGUUACAAUUUUAUAAUUAUUUUCUCACAUUAUUAAACAUAGUGUUUAUUCCUCAAAGGUCCAAACAAUUAGAUACCUUAUAUAUUUGCAUUAUAGCUCAUUUCGAUUCGGGCCGACAUUUCCAGGAUAAAUCCUUCGGACUGACUGCGCUCGCGUCGGCUGUGCCUAGCAACUCUCUGCAGUGCCGACCUACUUCGCGUCAGCUGUUCGAGCGAGACUUGACCUACUUUCGCGCGGCGUCCCCGCGCACCUGGAACUCCUGCCUGGUUUGAUGCACAGUUUUCUUGUCUUGUUUAUUGAUUGCCCUUCACUAGAUCUCGUUUAUUACCGUUUUUGUUGGGUCAUUAUUUAUCCAUUUCAACUUCAGUGUCUCGCGUAAGAAAUAAAUUAAUAUAAAUUUACAUAAUGUCUCCAACCGGAACCCCUCAAGGCGGUGUAGAUAUUGAAAAUGAAUUAAAGCUUAAAGAUUUAAUUAAACAACGCGGUUCAAUUAGAGGUAGAUUGACACAUUUUGAACAAUUUAUUGAAGAGUUGAAAGGGAUAAAAACUGACCAAAUUUCCGAAGCGCAAUUUAAUGAAUUGAAUUUGCGAAGCGUAAAAAUUGAAGCAUUAUUCUGUGAUUUUGAAAAUUGUCAAAGUCAAAUAGAACUAUUUCAUCCUAACGUGGAUGAACAAAUUCAAGAAAGAGAGAAAACUGAAAGCCGGUUUUACAGUGGUAUUGCCUGUGCUCAAACAUUAUUAAAAUUACGACCCAUAAAUAAUGAGGAUAAGCAAAGUUCGCACAGUAGUUGCUCGCGUCAGGAUAAUGUAAACGUAAAGUUACCAGUUAUCAAAUUACCGAUAUUUGAUGGUAAUUAUUUUUUAUGGCUGGAAUUCCGCGAUACGUUCGAGUCAUUAAUAAAUAAUAAUGAAACUAUCCCUGACAUAAACAAAUUCCAUUAUUUACGAUCGUCCUUAGAAGGGAGCGCGGCACUUGUAAUCAAGUCCAUUGAAUUUUCGUCACAAAAUUACAAGGUUGCAUGGGAUUUGUUAUGUCAGAGGUAUAAUAAUAAGAAAAUUCUUAUUAAUAACCACCUGAAGGCUCUCUUUAAAAUAGAACCCUUAACCAGAGAAUCUCAUAAAUCUUUAAGAUACUUAAUUGACCUUGUGACAAAAAACUUGAGGGCACUGACUACACUUGGUCAGCCAGUUGACCAAUGGGAUACGCUGAUUAUAUUUAUGGUGUCCAGUAAACUGGACUCGACCACCAGUGGUAAGUGGGAGGAGCAUAGAAAUAAUCUCUCCGAUUUGCCACUGUUGGAUGAAUUUAUCGAGUUUCUCCGCAAUCGAGCGGACAUUUUAGAAACUACAUUAGCUAAUAGACAUGAAAAAAGCGUCUCUCAUAUUCAUAAAGAUAGUCAACCGAAAAGUGAACAUAAGGGCUCAUUCACGCUGAAUGAACAUAAAGGCUCAUUUACACAUAGUAAAUUUUCAAAAAGUUUCCUCACGUCCAGUGCUUCUAAACCAGCAGGUUUCUCGUGUCCAAUGUGUAGUCAGGGUCACAGAAUCAUAGACUGCGAAUCAUUCAAAUCUUUACCGAUCGAAAACAAGUGGAGCGAAGCCUUAAAGUUAAAACUUUGCACCAACUGUUUACGACGCGGACAUGAAGCACGUAAUUGUAAAUUAGGAGAAUGUAGAUUAUGUCAUAAGAAGCAUAAUACAUUACUACAUAAAGAAAAUAACGUAACUCAACCCUUGCCUGUGACGACACCCACGGUUGGAUCAUCAAAUGACCUUGAAGUAGUCAACCAACCGCAUAGGGCUUUAUCAGUCCGUUCAGGUAGGCAGGUUAUGCUUGGUACCGCUUUAGUUAAGGUAUCCAAUCCCAAUACAAAUGUAGAUUAUGUAGCUCGCGCUGUCCUUGAUGCAGGCAGCCAAUCUUGCUUUAUUACUGAAGACCUAAAAAACAAACUUGGAUUAGGGAAUCCUGAACCCGAUUCUUUAGACAUAUCGGGCAUAAAAAAUAUUAAACUCUCAGUAUCCGAUCAAUGCGACGUAAAUGUCAGUUCCCUGUCCAAUCAGUUCCAAGUGACGUUAAACUGCUUAGUCAUAUCUGAAAUUACAGAUCAGCUGCCUAACUUGCCAGUAGACCUUACUCAACUAAACUUACCAAAAAAUAUUCAGCUCGCUGAUCCUGAAUUUCAUCAAGUUUCUGAUGUUGAUAUGUUGCUAGGUGCUGAAAUAUUUUACGAAAUAUUAGGUUCUGAGAAAAUAUCUCUGGGCACAAAUAUGCCCAUUCUUGUAAAUACAGAGUUCGGCUGGAUCGUAGCAGGUCGUUUAAGUCCAACUCAUUGCCCUAAGCUUAAAGCCCCACAGAAGAUUAAUUGCUUUUUUACAAAGGAAAUCAGUGAAAAAUUAACCAGGUUCUGGAACCUUGAAGAACUUCCUGAAGCCAAAGCUCCCUUGUCAGCUGACGAGGAGUUUUGUGAAGAGCACUUUAAAGCUCAUACUUACCGUUUACCAGACGGCAGGUUUACAUUUCAGAUGCCACUGAAAGGGACACCUGAAAUGUUACUAGGCGACUCUUACCGAGGAGCUGCCAAACGAUUUUAUACCUUAGAGAAAAAGUUAAAUAACAAUCCUAAUUUGAAAAAACAAUAUAGUGAUUUUAUACAUGAAUAUGAGUCUUUAGGUCAUCUCACACGAAUCGAUAAGCCGAAAUUCGGUUAUUACCUAGCACAUUUCUGCGUUUUAAGAGAAAAUAGUGAAAGUACCAAAUUAAGGGUAGUCUUUGAUGGUAGCAUGAAAAGCGCCUCUUUAAAGAGCCUAAACGACAUACAAUAUGUAGGCCCUGUGGUGCAAGACGAUCUUUUCAAUAUUUUGAUCAGGUUCCGUCAACAUAGAUAUGUUUUUACGGCAGAUAUAGAAAAAUGUUAUCGCCAAAUCCUAAUUCAUGAUUCGCAACGAAAUUUACAGUUAAUAUUAUGGCGCGAAGAUGACACAAAGCCUUUGCAAGUGCUUCAAUUAAAUACUGUCUCCUACGGCACGGCCUCAGCACCGUUCUUAAGCACGCGGUGCCUUUUACAGCUCGCCUUAGAAUGCCCGGAUCCUUUAGUAUCUGAAGUCAUUAAAAGUGAUUGCUAUAUGGAUGAUAUCUUAACAGGUGCAGAUAGUAAAGAAACUUUGUUUCACAUACUCAACGGAGUAGUAGGCACACUUAAUUCGGCAUGUUUUCCAGUGCAUAAAUUCCGUAGCAACUGUCCUGAAAUAUUUAAGGAUUCAGCAGUAUCUGAUAAUCUAAACCUAAGUAAACAGUCCAGUGUGUUAGGUGUACAGUGGACACCAAAUAUUGACAAUCUUACCUUUGCGAUAGAACCAAUUCCUAAAGAUGAAAUAGUUACAAAGAGAACCAUCUUAUCUAACACUUGUAAGAUAUUUGAUCCUCUUGGGCUCCUAAGUGCUUGCACUAUAACACUUAAAAUCUUACUUCAAAGACUGUGGUCUAUCAAGUUGACUUGGGAUGAGGAGGUACCCGCGGACAUUAAGAAAACGUGGCUAAAAUUACAUAACGACUUGCAUGCUUUACUCUCAGUUUCUGUACCUAGACAUGUACGAUGCUCGUCUCCUGUCGCUUGUGCGAUCCAUUGUUUUGUAGACGCGUCUAAAGACGCUUACGCGGCGUGCGUAUACGUACGCACCACGGAUAGUUCAAACGUCAUAACUGUCAGAUUGCUUUGCGCCAAAACACGAGUCUGUCCCCUUAAAGUUCAGACUAUACCGAAACUUGAAUUGGCAGCAGCCUUACUGGGCGCGCGACUCGUUUCCAAGGUCAGCGGAGCUCUCCGUUGCUCCAUACAGGAAAAGGUUUUCUGGUCCGACUCAACUGUAGCACUUGCCUGGAUAAAAACAAGCCCUAAAAUACUUAAAACAUUCGUGUGUAACAGAGUGAAUGAGAUUCGUGAGCUUACCUCUAGAGACUCGUGGCGUCAUGUGCCUACUGAUAAAAAUCCCGCUGACCUGGCCUCGAGAGGAGUAGCUCCAAGUUAGGGAAUGCUAACCGGUUAACCGGUUAACCGGUUACCCGGUUACCCGGUAAUUUGACCAAUAUUACAGUCGGUAAAAUACCGGUAAUAUCCAGCCGUAACCGGGAAUUU